AUGCCCGAUCCCCCCCCAUUGCCCACACGCUUCCCCGUGUGGUGCAGGGCCGUCUUCUCUUACACGGCAGAGACAAAACGCGACCUGGGAUUCAUCGAAGGCGACUUGAUAGAGUGUCUAAAUGCUGGGGAUGGGUCGUGGUGGAUGGGGAGGCUCUUCAGAGACAAGCGGAUGCUGGGACUGUUCCCGUCGAACUUCGUCGAAGUCUUGCCCGACAACUUUCGGCCGACUGUCAAAAGCUCGAGUCCGAUGCCCGAACGAACGGCCAGUACGAGUCCCUUCAACAAUCCCUUUGCGGCGAAGCCGAAACCCAAAUCUGCACGGAAACCCUUUCAAUCAUACGCACAGCCGGAUACAGCAGCGUUACAGAGAGCAGAGGCCCAGAAGAGAGAAGCCGAGCGAAAGGCAGAGAGGGAGAGGGAAGCGGCGGCAGCCAGAGCCAGAAGACCUUCACCGAGUCCCAGGCAAACGCCCUCACAAGGCAAUCUUUCUCGCAGCUACGGAUCUCGAGCUCCUUCUCCUCCGUCUACUCGCAAUGGGUACAAUUAUCGAGUACCGUCGCCUGCUCCUCCUACGCACUACGGUUACGGAUCUCGAGCGCCUUCACCAGCGCCACCGAUGCCCAAUGCUUAUGGGGCGAGAGGACCAUCCCCAGCUCCGCCAGUGCACAAUGGGUAUGGAGAUAGUCGUGCACCCUCCCCAGCGCCUCCGAUGAACUAUGGUUAUGGAUCUCGAGCACCUUCGCCGGCGCCGUCCCUCCAACAUCGUCCCCAUUCUCGUGCGGCAUCUCCACAUCCACCAUUCGACGUGGGCGGCUCGUCCCCUCCCCCCCCUCCCCCACCGCACCGAGUGGCGUACACUCCGCAUGGAUCCACAGACUCCUUUGACCACCGACCUAAUGGCUAUCACACUUCUCGUGCUGCUUCGCCAUGUCCGCCCUCGCCACGAGAGACUGGAUUGACGCCCUCGCCUCUCCGCAGCGCCAUGGACGAUGUUAUGACAUCCUUAGCAGACAUGGGAAUGUCCAGAGAUACGAGAUCACCCGAAGCUCCGGUGGAUCCUUGGUCUCCAGAAGCUUUUGAUCAGACAUAUGUCAUGGCUAGAAGGGCCGCUCCUCCCAGACCGAAUACCGCAACGGGAAUUAGGGCAGCGAGUCCUUAUGACAAUGGAGAUGAACUGUUCUUGGGUUCUCCUAAUCCACGACACGUUGACCAGCCCCCACCUCAGUUGAGUAACUACGUGCAAAGGAUGGAAAACCGUUUGAGCAAGAUGCACGCAAGUAGUCCGAUGCCACCUGACCAUGAUGAAAUUCGACCAGCCGUCCCGCCAAAGAUGAAUUCGUACCCUCGACCCAAAUCUUCCAUGGGGGAGAGAGAACAGUCAAGUCAACCGUCCAAAUUACGACAUCGCAAAUCUGCGUAUGAUGUUGGCCGGUCAAUGCUUGAGCGUACCUUCACUACCAAGACCAACUCUACCUCUUCAUCGUCCGGCACUCGGAGCACGACUACCAAUGGAAGUAACACCACGGCGUCGACUGAUCGAAGUCUGAUGAGCGGAGCGUCCGCUAGUGGUAUUUCAUCUACGAGCGCAGGAAGUUAUGCUAGGAGAAAGGAGGCGCUGACAGAACGCGCUCGAGCACACAGUGCUUUUGGGUCGAGAAAGGACAGGUUCACAGGCGGACAUGGCAGCCAAGUCGAUUUCGGAGAGAGGCCCGAGACCCCGGUGACUGGUAUCUCAUACCACAGCAGUCACGCUUCUAACCCCCCUAGACCGCAGUCACAAGCAGGAUGGCAAGGAUCACAUGGCGAAUCGGACAGCAUGUUGGGAGGAUUGGUAGCGCCCAAAGCCAAGAAGAGCGGAUUCUUCAAGAAGAUCAUAGAGUCGGCGAAGACGGGCGCUGCGAGUGCCAGAAGCAGCAUCGCCGUAGGAGAAUCGCCGAGGCCUGCUGUACCCACCAAGAUGCCGAACGGCGUCACAUCGAUCGCUGGCGGCUAUGGGAAUAGCUAUGGGAACAGCUACGGUCACCACCCGGCAACUGAUAUGGGCCUUGGUGGGAAUUCUGGCAAUGACUGGGUCCAAGUUCGGAGGGAUGUUAAUCGGUCCAAUUCACUGAGCCACAUCGAGCGGGUGGAACGGAAAGAGCGGUGCCAAAUGAUGGAUUACCCCGCCAUCAGCCCAGUCGCCGAACUUUACGAGCAAUGUGACGGAGAUGAGGGUGCAGAUGGCAAUCCCAUUCCAGAGCCGACGAACUUCCAGGCCGUGAAUCUCACCCUGGUCGAUAAGAACACCCGGUUCAUCAACAGCCUUCCGCCUAUGACCAACCCUAUCAGCCUCGCGACGGGGUUUGUUUGCAGACCGUACCGAAGCGACGUACAGCGUUUACGAGCCAUUUUCACAUGGGUUAGCGAGAAGAUCACAUGGGAAGAGGAUUUCGAGUGUGAGCCUGAUUCCAGGAGGGUCAUCCAAACGAAACGAGGAUGCGGCGAAGAGGUCGCCAUUCUGGUCAUGGAGAUGUGCGCCGCGGUUGGCAUUCAUGCAGAGGUCAUCAGGGGCUAUCUGAAGACGCCAGGCGAGGUUCCCGAGUUGACCCUCAUGCCUCGACCAAAUCAUUGGUGGAACGCAGUCAUCGUAGAUGGGGAGUGGCGGAUUAUGGACUGCGCACUUGCUGCACCUUCGCAUCCGCGACGGGCACUCUAUUCCAGCGCUGGUGGACAAGUUGCCGAAAGCUGGUGGUUUCUGGCCCGGCCAUGGGAGAUCUGCUGGACUCACGUUCCAGAGCAACAUCACCAGCAGCAUCUGUGCCCACCGAUGGCGCAUGAGAUACUGCUAGCAUUGCCAUGUGCUUGCCCGUCAUUCUUCAAGAAUGCAAUUGAAAUGGCAGAAUACGACACGAGUCUGGUGCGCGUUGAGGAUCUUGAACAAGUUCAUGUCAAGUUCACCGUGCCGGCAGACAUCGAAUGCGUUGCCGAGGUUGAGGCUCGAGCGUUCGAGCGCGACGCCGACGGUGAUCUCUUUGAAAGCGGCGAGACGGUGACGAAGCGAGCUCUGGCUCAAGCAGAAUGGAUUGGGGGCCAGAAACGCUAUACCGUCAAGGCUCUCCUCCCAGGCGACGAAGGCCAAGGCACGCUCAAAAUCUACGCCGGAAAACGAGGUCUCAUGCACUCGAUCAAGGACAUUCCUCAUCCGAUGGCUUUCGCUCUGCCCAUCAUUCACAUUGGCGAAAACCCAGCCUACGAAUUCGUGACACGCCAUCCGACUCCACAUGCUCAGCGCCAUGACUUAUAUGUUGCGCAGCCGCAGUGUCAGCGACUUGCACUGAACAAUACCUUUGUCUUUGCCAUCCGCCAACAUCCGUCUUCUCUUGGGCCUGCCUCUCCGAAUCCUGGGGGGGCUUCCCCCAUCCCGUUCAUCCGACCCAGCUCCGCCAUGUCUCUGAACAGUUCUUCCGCCUCGGGCUCGGGAUCCAACCCGAGCACGUACGCCUCUAAGAAACCUGCGAAACUGGCCAUACAAGCGCCUGGGGGCAAGGUCCUGAGGCUGAUGCGGAAGGAGGAGAAGGUGCAGAGUACGAGUAUGGCGAUUGAGAAGGGGGAUGGGGGGACGUGGGAGACUAUUAUCAAGGUUGGGGAGAGGGGCGUCUGGAGGGGACUGGUGCUGGCGGAUCGGAGCGCGCGAUGGUGCGUCUUUGCCGAGUGGACUUGCGUGUAG